AUGACUUCAAUGAAUCGCAAGAGCUCGACAGCUACCAACACGUCACCCGCGCGCAGCAAAGGUGUGCAGCAAUCACCUCUCGACCUCCUCAAACAGAAGCUGGGACGCGAUGCCCAGCUCCUCGAUGAGAUCCCCGCGCAUGCAGUACACCUGGUGGUCCCCGAAGGCCCAGGGAUUGAGGGCUAUGCAGGAGAAGCAAUCAAGAUUGGUACUAUCGUCGACGGAGGUGCGAAGUGGACGCUGCAGGCCUUCAUCACUACCAUCAAUCGCAAGUCUUCCGGCUUACCAGAAGUCAAAGUCUUCGGCUUCUAUCCAGAAUUUAGCCAACACAAGCCGUUCAGUGUGGCUGAUGUGCUCAGCAAGGCGGAACUGCGCGACGAGUUCAAGCUUCUCAAGACGUAUGAUGUUCAUGCCCUCGCGGUCGUCAUCAAGACCUGCUUCAUCCUUAAGGGAUUCGAGCUUCCUCGCAACUGCAGCUUCACCCCGCGCUUCAUCAGAGCCCUGUCGAAAGUGUGUCGGAAGUACCGAGAUGGCGCUGAUAAGAUGUCGAGUAGCCCGUUCUCAGCCUCUGAUGCAGACAGCAGUCCUGUGAUAGUGGUGAAGGCUCGGCCAGCGAUGCGCAAAUCCGAGCAACGCGGCCCAAGAAACCAGAUGUUUGGCCCGCUUCGUCGCGGCUCACAAGCACCUGCAAGCCCUAUCAAAUCAGAAACUCUGGAUGUUUUUGAGGCUCCAUUUGUCGAGAGCGCCAACGGUUCUCCGAGCGUGGCCGUCUCCGCGCGUGCCCAAGAGGUUCCCAAGACUCCAACUCCGGAUCCUCGUCUCCGUGCUCACCAGUCUAUUACUCCCGCUCUACCGCCUGUACAAACUAUGACUGACAGCACGAAUGCGAAGCCGUCAAAACCUGCAACGCAAGAUCCAGAGAAGUUAGCCUUCAUGCGCGAUGUAUCGGAGUACGUCAAGCUACGCGAGGAAAGCGACGAACUCGACCGCGAUCUAGACAACAUAAACAACAAAGUUGCAGCAGUCAAACACGACUUCAGGGAGCAGAUCAAAAGUUUGCAGCUUUACAUCAAAAGUGAACUGCGCCAUAAACAUAAAAAGCAGAUCCGGGAGUUAUAUGUCAAGCAGAAAUCGGAGGCGGACCUCAUGAAUACGAAUUGCGACCAAAUGGAAGCGGAGCAAGAGAAGCAGACUAAAGCUUUGCACCAGCAACAGGAGGCCAAAAUCACGAGGAAAGAAGUACUUCAGAGGGAGCUCGGAGAGAAGCGCAGUGGCUUCAGUUUUGAUCAGCUGCUUGACUUUGUUACUACCCAGCAGCGUGACAGCAAGAAGCGAAAGCGCCAGGACAGUCCCGAAGGGUUUUAG